CAUGGCGCAGGAACGUGGCGCUCUUGUCUUUCACCUGCCCGGGCUCCGCGCAUGCGCAUAGACUCGCGAUGGGUUCAUGCAUGCAGGUAACCUAACCUUACUUUUCACCGAACGGCCUUGUCCGAGCGGCGGCGGCGUAGCGCGGUGCGGUGCGGUGCGGUGCGGUGCGGCGCGGCGUCGACAGUACGUCAGGUGCCACCAGCCAGCAGUGCUGACCCGACAGUCCGCCCCUCGGGUGAACCUCCUCUUUGCCUUUUCCGCCGUCGCUUGCUCAUUCAUUGUUCACGCUGUUUUGUCGGGUUUAUUUUGUGCCUUCCAGUUUUCCAUCGCACGGUGCUGUGACACGAUCGCCUUGUUAGUCGGUUUCUUUCCUCGUUUCCGAGAAACACGCGUAAAAUUCGGAUUUCGAUUCGUCCCAGUACCUGCUCGUCCCUCAUUUUAACAUUUUACAGUGCUCCUAUAUGAUUUCAUAAUAACUCCGUGCAAUACUCGGGCUUCAAGUGCUUCUGCUUUUCCACGAGUGAUACUUAUAUGGUGCUUCCUCAUUUACUCGGCUGCAAUUUUUUUAGUGUGUGUACUUACCGUACUUAUUUAAAAUCUGUUCAUAUCAACUUCAUUCAUGAUUACUGUAUGUUCCGUGAUUUUAACCCCAAGUGAUCGGUCAUCAUGUUUCUUAUUAUGAUUACAUACACUCAAUCGUUUAUGAUCCUGCUUUUAACUUCUUGAAGAGGUGAUUUCAUGUUUCAUGUGGUUUUUUACCUAUCCCCGGCCAGUGUUAAAAAUGAUCCGGUAAAAAUCGCGCUCUCAUUGAUAGAAAACGCGUUUACGUAAUUCAUAGUUUUAUUUACUCUUUUUUUGACUGGUGUUAGUUUUUUCCUAAUUCUGUGCCCUUAUGGAUUUACUGAGGAUGCAGUUAUUUUGACGAAAGCCGGAGCAUUAUUCUCACUGAAUUCUUCAGCGCGUCAUGAGAGAAGUGGAUACAGAGAGUCCCGUAGUGUGGCCAGCUUGGUGUUAUUCAGGCGAAGGGGCGGGGAGCGAGACCGAGGGCGGAAGUCACCCGGAGCCGGAACCAGCGGCGACGGUGACGCCGGCCAAGCCGCGGGCCAAGCGACGGAGCGGGGGUGGCGGCGGCGGCGGGGGCGGAGGCGUCACGGCGCCCAGGAGCGGCGGCGGCGGCCGAGCGGACGACGCGAGGGACGCGAUGAACGGGACGCUUGACCACCAGAACAACAACAACCCCGUCAAGAAUGAGCGGCUGAGCCCGAACAACUGCGCCAACGCGGACAACAACUCCUCCUCCUCGCGGAGCGGGACGCCCUCCUCGUCGUACCCCGGGACGCCCCCCGCCGGGGACCGCGGCUCCAGCCCCUCCUCCUCCUCCUCGCUGGCCGCCCUCCCCACGGCGCACCACCCCGGCGGCCACCUCAAGAGCAUGGAGCAGAUGAUGUCCCGCAACUAUAGCGAUUUCAUGAGGAGUCUGGCCGCUAAAUAUAACAAUUCUAAUCCCAACGAUUACUUCAAUUCUACCCGGAACGGAUUCUCGAAUCUGAGCGACCACCGAUUCGCGGGCCUGAAGCAGGGGGUGGGCGGAACGGCACCCUUCGCGGGGCUCAUCUCCCCGCUGAGCACGACGUCGACGUCACCGGUGCCGACGACAACGAUGACGAGCUCGCCGGCGGCCAAAGAGGGGACCGACCCGGACGCGAAGCGGCAGGCGGCCACCCCGUCCGACACCCAACAGCUCUUCGCCAACUUCGGCAUGGGCUUCACCUCGCCAAAUGUUCCUAGACCCGCGCUCUCCCUGUUCCCGUCCAUCGACAUGUCCUCCACCCAGAUGCUCCUCAACAUGGUGCGCACCGCCUCCGCGCAGAACGCCCAGCAGCUCGAGAGCUACCUCAAGGGCGCCAACAAGCGCCUCGCCGAAGCCACCAACAACCCCCUGGACCUCUCGCCGGGCGCCGCCGCCGCCCCGCCCGCCGCGGCCCCCGCCAAGAAGUCGCGGAAGCACCAACCUAGUCUCAGCGAAAGCCUCUACGGGGCGGACGCCCUCAUGCCGCUGCCCAUGCUCAACGCUCUCCAGAAGUCGGCCAAGGACCGGCUCGUCAGCAAAACCGGGAGCCUUUCGCCCAAGUCCAGGAGCUCGCGGAGUGGCGGCGCUGCGCCCACGACGCCGCCCUUGAGCACGGUGGCCGGGAGUCGACUCCUCUCGGCCACGGCGCCUCCGUGUCUCUCACUUUGUUCCUCCACCGAUGCCGAUGGUAGCUGCGCCAACGCCGCGGAUCCCAACCCUGUCUCCGGCUGGUCCGUUGAUGAAGUUUGCGCCUUCGUCUCUUCGAUCGACAUUUGUGCAGAAUAUGUUUCGGAGUUUAGAGAACAAAGAAUAGAUGGAUCGUCUCUGUCACUCCUGACGGAAGAACAUCUUACUUCGACUCUAGGCAUGAAGUUAGGACCUGCUUUGAAGCUCCGUUCGGUAUUAAGUAAAAAAUUAGGGCAUUGCGCAGUAUGUAUGCAUUGCGUUCACUGUCAUGCAAACGUCGCAUCUCCGGCAGAGUCUCUCAGCCCUCGAAGACCCAGUAGCACAGGGAACUAAUCGCUGGUCAAUACGGUUUCCUUAGUCAACCGGGUCAAAUUGACUGCAGCUGUUCUAGUUUUGAAUUAUUUGCCCGAAGCUCUCCCGGUCUUUUCAGUUCUUAGUAUUUGACGAAUGACCCGUCUCUGACAACGAUCCUGUCAUCUUCCUAGUCACAUCAUCAUUGAUACAUUAAGUUCAUUGCUCUGAGUUAUUAUUCGCCUAUUCACUUGUAACUUUUACUAAAUGAACGUGUAAAAAAUUAUGAACAAUAUUGCCAACGCUAACUCGUAGGUACUUCACAUAUACAUUGUUCAUGUAAAUUAUGUUGGAAACACACGUUGUACUCUCAUGUGUGUUCAGGUACUCCGGUGCCAUUCUUUCAACAGGGUUGCCUUUUUUCUUGUAUAAUGAGAUCUUGAAAUUUUAGAAAGACAUGAAAGAUAUUGACAAAUUUCAUUUAAAAUUAAGUGUAAAAGUAGAUGGAAGGCAAGCUGUUUUUGCUUUUUGUCGUUUGCAGAGCGUGUUGCAUACCUAGCCCCUGAAAAUAUGUCUCAUCUUUCUCAUACUUUUCACAGCAGAAAUGUCAUGAAGUAUUCCCCAGAGACGUCCAAUCUUUCAUAUUUUUUAUUUCACUUGUGCAACCCUGUCUUUCAAUGUAUUGACUCAAUACUGUCUUCGUUCCGAUUCAUUUCUACAACGCUUUCAAUAUACGUUCAACUUAUUUAGACUGCAGUGUCUAAUGGAUUCUCUUCAGCAAAAUAGACAAUAUAAUAGAUGUAGGUACCUAAUAAUGUAAGUAGGAGGAGUAGGUACGGAAAUAUUUUUUAUUCGAAAUAGCAAUUUACUUAUCCGUAAAUUACCUGUGGUCUUUCAAAAACACUAAACAUGCGUAAAAAUCGCACUGUUCCAUUACUUAAUUGCAUGAGUGGCUGUGAUCUGAUAUAUAUUUUUCUAUUUCCUUUCCUUUCUUUAUUUUUAAAGUUUAUUGAAUGUGUGCAUUUCUACUGCUGAGAGUGAUUAAGCGUAUUUAUCUUUCGUUAAUUCUAAGAUCAGGGGUACAUAUUGUGAUUUCAACUUGAGUCCAAAAGAAAACAAGAAUCAUGAUUUGGAAGCUGACAUUAUAUUUGUGGGUGAUCCAAAAUAUAAUGGUACCUAAUGUGAUUUCUGGGUUAUUGGCAAAUGUAGAAGCCUUCGGUAUCUGAAAAAUGGUAGUUUAAACAUGGACAGUUAAGCUAUAACAUCAGUAUUUUUACCGUAUACCCGUAUUUUUCAGUGGCAUGGCGUGCUUUGCGAUCUAUCGAUAUUUCCCCAUUUGAAGCUGUGGUAAAUAAUCGAUUAUUAAGGUGUUCACUGCGAACACCUUGUUUAUCGAUACUUUUCCAUAGGUUUAAAUGGUCGAUCAAUCGAUAUAUCGCAAAGCACGCCACGCCACUGGUAUUUUUCUCUCAGUGUCUCACUCAUCGAAGCCCGGCUACCCGGCACUCCCAUUUUUAAUUGUUUGUGCAUAGAUUUUAUAGUCAGAGCCUAAGUGCAAUAUUCUCAAGUUUUUUGUAAGUUUCUUUUUUUGUAUAUUUCGUGAAUAUUAAGUGAACACUUCAAACGUUAUCCAUUGUUGUGGUGCGUACUUAGAAUUUUUACUGCAAAGUAUAUUUAUAUUUUUUGACAUGAUAUAAACCCAUGUUUUCUAAAAAAAAGAAUAUGUUCAUUUUCACAU